AUGAAGCUGGGCAGCCGUUGGAGACAGGGCUUGCGAGAGCACGACCGGAUGCUUGUGUGGUUGAGAGAGCAGUCGGGAGCUAAAGUAUUACAACCGGAUAAUUGGGCGGCUGGGUUUGGAGCUGGGCAGCCACAUGGGCUGGGCAGUUUGAGUGGAGUUGGAAGUCUCAGCCGGAUUAGAGAAAUUCGCGGCCGGAGGUGCGGCCGAGUAUUGUGGAUUAUUUUUUAG